UUUUGCUUUUAUAAAUAACAGACUUCCAACCAGAACACUCUGUCACACACCUUUUCUUCUUUCUUCUUGGUUGGUUUGUUUUCUUUUUUUCCUUUCCACACUUCACACACAAGAAAUCAUGUCUCUGUACCUUUCCUUCACUACCCUUUUUUUUCUUCUCUCUUCUGGCUAUGCCUUCCCAUUGCAACAUCGCCACCACCCUCAUUUCGCCACUCACAACUACAGAGAUGCUCUCACCAAAUCUAUUCUCUUCUUUGAAGGUCAAAGAUCAGGGAAACUUCCUUCUAAUCAGAGAAUGUCUUGGAGAAGAGACUCUGGUCUCUCUGAUGGUUCAGCAUUGCAUGUUGAUUUGGUUGGAGGGUACUAUGAUGCUGGAGAUAAUGUGAAGUUUGGUUUUCCUAUGGCUUUUACUACCACCAUGCUUUCAUGGAGUGUUAUUGAGUUUGGUGGGUUAAUGAAAGGUGAGUUGAUGAAUGCUAGAGAAGCUAUUCGUUGGGGUACUGAUUAUCUUCUUAAAGCCACUGCCCAUCCAAACACCAUUUAUGUUCAGGUAGGAGAUGCUAAGAAGGACCAUGCUUGUUGGGAGAGACCAGAGGACAUGGACACACCAAGAAGUGUUUUUAAGGUAGAUGUAAAUGCACCUGGUUCAGAAGUUGCUGCGGAAACUGCUGCAGCACUUGCAGCUGCUUCUUUGGUUUUUAGAAGAAGUGACCCUACAUACUCCAACAUUUUAAUCAGAAGGGCUAUUAGAGUCUUUCAAUUUGCUGAUAAACACAGAGGAUCUUACAGCAAUGCAUUGAAGCCCUUUGUGUGUCCCUUCUAUUGUUCUUACUCUGGUUAUCAGGAUGAGUUGCUGUGGGGUGCUGCUUGGCUACACAAAGCUACAAAGAAUCCAAUGUACCUAAAUUACAUUCAAGUUAAUGGCCAGAUCCUUGGUGCUGCAGAAUAUGACAACACAUUUGGUUGGGAUAACAAGCAUGUUGGAGCAAGGAUACUUCUUUCAAAGGAAUUUCUGGUUCAAAAGGUACAUACCCUCCAUGACUACAAGGGUCAUUCAGACAAUUUUGUAUGUUCUCUAAUUCCUGGAUCCUCCUCUGCACAAUAUACACCAGGUGGACUUUUGUUCAAGAUGAGUGAUAGUAACAUGCAGUAUGUCACAUCCACCUCCUUCUUACUCUUAACAUAUGCCAAAUACUUGACCAAAUCACACACUGUUGUGCAUUGUGGUGGUACCAUAGUAACACCAAAGAGACUCAGAAACUUAGCCAAGAAACAGGUGGAUUACUUGCUAGGAGAUAACCCAUUGAAAAUGUCAUAUAUGGUGGGGUAUGGUCCACGGUAUCCACGAAGGAUACACCACAGGGGAUCAUCUCUUCCUUCAAUUGGUGUACACCCGGGAAAGAUCCAAUGUUCAGCGGGGUUUAAUGUGAUGAAUUCACAAUCACCUAAUCCUAAUAUUUUGGUGGGUGCUGUUGUUGGUGGACCAGAUCAGCAUGAUAGGUUCCCAGAUGAACGGUCAGAUUAUGAGCAAUCAGAGCCAGCUACGUAUGUUAAUGCACCACUUGUAGGAACAUUGGCUUAUCUUGCACACUCAUUUGGUCAACUUUAGAUUAGAAAGCAACAUGUCCAACUUGUUUGGGUGUGUGUGUAUCUAUCUGAUUUUACAUUCUCACUGGUUUGGUUUUUUAGGUGUACUAUUUCUUAGGACAAGUUUUGUAAACUUGUUUACAACUGUAACUUGUCGCACUGAGUAACUUUCAUUGCGACCACGCUUCUAGAUGAAUGCUAAAUGUUAAUGUUAAACUAUGUAUGAUUCGGGAAAUUAUUUAGUGGCAUAUAUGUUAAAAGUAACGCUGUUCAAUUA